AUGGAAGAUUCCCAGCUACCGUUGGUCCGGUCGGCAAGUGGUGCAUGCGACGCAUGGUCAAGGUUGGAAGACCACUUCGAGAAGAAGAGUCUUGCCAACAAGCUGUUCUUGCGCCGUCGUCUCUUCACGACAAUGAUGGAAGAAGGCGACGAUGUGCUCAAACACAUCAACAAGCUCAAGACGCUGGCGGAACAGCUAGAAGCGGUGGGGGCUGCAGUCUGCGAGGACGAUCUGGUGAUCACACUUCUCGGCAGCCUGAGUGACUCGUAUCAAUUCUUGAUCACAGCUUUGGAGUCGCGCUCAGACACUCUUAGCUGGGAGCUCGUGACGUCUCGACUGCUUCAUGAAGAAAUGAAGCGGAAGGAGCAAGGAAGUAAAGGUGAUGAAGCUUCGCAAGGUCAAGCGUUCAUCACAAGGGACAAUCAGCGCAAAGGGCGACCAGUGAAGAAGUCCUGGCCGUGCCACAAUUGCGGAAAGAUUGGUCACUGGAUGGCGGAGUGCCCCUCGCGCAUCCAAGAAAACACGGAGAGACACCGGCCACAGCGUGCUCAAGACAGCGGCGACCGCUAUCGAUCACAACGUGCAAACGUCGCUCAAGAAGAAGACUCGGGCGACUACCUCUUUUCGAUCGGUGAAACGACAUCUGCGAAAUCGAGCGACAUCUGGUUGGUCGACUCCGGGGCGACGCAGCACAUGACGUGCUCCAAGAAGUUCAUGCGGAACUACAAGGGGUUUGACGCUGUGGAUGUCCAUCUCGCGGAUGAUGGAAUCGUCCAAGCAAUCGGCAGUGGGGACAUUGUCAUGUCGAUGAAGACACCCCAAGGGAUGAAGAAAGGUGUGCUCACAAACGUGUGGCACAUCCCAAAGUUAUCCAGAAACCUGUUCUCGGUCGGCCGCUUCACCAAGGAUGUCGGCCCAGUGACGUUCACGAAGGAUGGGUGCUAUGGAAAAGCGAAAGGGACCAAGUGGAAAAUUGGUGCCCGUGAAGGUAAAGGACUGUUCAAGCUGCAAAUGACUCCAGUGGCGCCGGAACAAGCAAAUGCAGCCAAGUCGUCGGGAUGUCAAGGGGGCACCAAGUCGUACCUCUGGCACCUUCGGCUUGGCCACAUAGGUCACGAUGGACUCAAUUGCAUCGUGACGAAGAACAUUGGAAUUGGCAUCGACAUAUCUUCGGUGAAGAAGUGGGACGUGUGUGAAGGUUGUGCUCUGGGAAAACAGACUCGAGUGCGCUUCCAAUCAAACACUACAGCUCGCACCUCCAAACUCCUCGAAGUGAUUCACAGCGACGUAUGCGGACCGAUGUCGAUGGCAACUUUCAGUGGAAAACGGUACUUCGUGACAUUCAUCGAUGACAAGUCAAGAUACUGUGUCGUCUAUCUGCUCAAGAGCAAAUCUGAAGUUGCGGCGAAGUUCAUGGAAUACGCUGCGAUGGCCGAAACGCAAACCGGAAAGCGCGUGAAGUACCUUCAAAGCGACAAUGGGGGUGAAUACAAGUCCGACAAGCUGGCACGAUUCUGCGCGGAACGGGUGUUGACGGUCAUCGGUUUUCUACCAGUAUUGGUAACCGUGACCGGUCCAAUCCGAACCGCCUGUUCAGCUUAG